AUGCACCGGGUCCCACUGUCGCUGGACCGAAAUGGGAGCCUGGUCCGGCCCCACUUCGCCCUGCUGGCCCGGUCACGGUCUGCAGCCCACUGUCGCCUUCCUCUUCUGUGUACUCGUCUCUGCUCUUCACUUCAAGGAGAUUCGGGCCACAUACUGCGGCGUGCCCAUUACCUUCCGUCAGUGAGCUCAGCCAUCGGCCGAGAGGUGCCCCCGCCGUACGGGCGGUGCUUCUACAUCGGCCUGCACUCGGCGCCCCACUUCUUGGUGGCCUUCGCCUACUGGAGCCACUACUUCAGCUAUGCCUCCCGGGUCCGCACUAGUGCCCGCUUUCCCACCUCCGCUCCGGCCUCAGCCUCGUGGAGAGCCUCACGCUGCCAGUGUUCACCUACCUCCGACAGCCGGAAACAGCCGCUCUUCAUCGACUCCAUCUUCUUCAGGCCGCCAGCCGUCCACGUUCGGUACAACAAGUGUCGUGAGGCUGCAGUACCCACCAUUUUUGCCAGCCGAGGCGAGGUGGAAGGCACAGGGGCCUUCAAGCAGCACCGCCAGUUCCUGAGAAACCCCAAGAAGCUGAGCUGGCCAGAGAGCUCCACCCUCUGGUAA